CCUUCUUUUACAAACACACUUGAGCUUUGGUAUCUCAAUUCAAAACAAAACAACAAAACAAAACAAAACAGAGGAGGGGGAGAGAGAGAGAGGCAGAUCAGCAGAGUGAGUUCCAGAAAGAACAAACUAGGAUGGGGAGAGCUCCUUGUUGUGAGAAGAUGGGACUGAAGAAAGGACCAUGGACAGCUGAAGAAGAUCAACUUUUGAUCGCUUUCAUACGACAACACGGCCAUGGAAACUGGCGUGCUCUUCCUAAGCAAGCUGGCCUAUUGAGAUGUGGAAAAAGUUGCAGACUGAGGUGGACCAACUACUUGAGACCAGACAUUAAGAGAGGGAAUUUCAGUAAAGAAGAAGAGGGUACAAUCAUCAACUUACACGAAAUGCUUGGGAAUAGAUGGUCUGCAAUCGCAGCAAGAUUACCUGGUCGGACCGACAAUGAGAUUAAAAAUGUUUGGCACACCCACUUGAAGAAAAGGCUCAAAAAUUAUCAAAGCACCUCCAACACCAAAGGACAAACAGUGACAGAGCCCAAAUGCGAUUCCAAUGCCUCAAGUGAAUCCAACACCAUGAAUUCGGGUUUUGAGAGUUCUGAGUAUGCAUCAGUUUCCCCACAAGAUUCUUCUAGUGAACUCUCAUCGGUCACAGACUUAACUGGCUUACCAAACAACGUAGUCAUUAAGGACGAAUCAAUGGACACAUCUGAGACAUUUCCUCAAAUUGAUGAAAGUUUUUGGUCCGAAAAAUUAUCAACCGGCAAUUCCACCACGCAAUCGGACUUUGCUGGUUCCGCCGAGGAGUUACAAUUUCAAUUUCCAUUAUCUUCAUCAAUGACUGCUUCUAUUGGUUCAAUGGAACAUGUCAAUGAGUACAACUUCAAUAUUGAUGAUGACAUGGAGUUUUGGUAUAACCUUCUCAUUAAAGUUGGUGGUUUACCAGAAUUAUAAGAAAUCUGAGCAGUAUUUUUCUUUGUAUUAAAUGUAGCAAAUAUUAGAAAAUUUGAAUAUUCUGGAGUCCAAACCCAGUUGUCCAAGUCCAAAAGCUAUAGUGUCAUUUUGUCAAUAAAACAAAAAGCAAGUCCUUGGUGGUGAAUAUUGUUUUUAUAAAGCAAGUGUACCCGAGUGGUGAGUUGAAGGGCCAAAGGGAAAAUAAAAAAGUUAUUGACUUGCAAAUUUUUUUGUAUACAGAUGUAUUUGAGGCUUUAGUGGGGUAAAUAGGGUGUAGAGAUAAAAAAUUUGUAGGUUAGAAGAGCCCUAUGAGCCAUCUUUGAGUUGUAUAACGAUUAUGAUGAUGAUGAUGAUGAAAAAAACAAAUUUGCUUCUCUUUUCA